GUCGAGAGAAAGAAGGAGAGACCGUGUAACAUACAGAGCGGAAAUUUUGCGUAGCCAUGAACAAAAUACACCGUCUCGAAGCCUUAAUGCACUUGCGAGCUCUCGGUGUUCCGCGAGCGAAUUCGAGAUGGUUAAGGACGACCAGGGUAACGCGGAAGGAGAACGCGGAAGCACCGGAGUUCGAGGCGAAGUUGAGCGGCUUCGCGCGAAGUUACGACAAGUUCUCGCGCAUCGACGAGAAACCGCCGGAAACGGUGCAGUCGUUUGCCUCUUUGGUCCGCAACUCCAAGUUCGUCGAUCUGGGCGAUCCCGAAGGGAAGGUGGUGACCGGUGAGAUCUUUCACGUGGUUGGCGACGACCUGUACAUCGAUUUUGGAUGGAAGUUUAACUGCAUUUGUCGGAAACCCGUCAAGAACGGAGAAUACUAUGUGAGAGGCUCUAAAGUUCGGUUAAAGGUAAAGGACUUGGAACUGUCCUCCAGGUUCUUAGGAGCCGUCACGGAUAUAACUCUGCUGGAAGCCGAUUGCGUUUUGAUCGGCUUAAUAUCGUCGCCAUUACAAGCGGCAGAGCAAAAGCCGAAGACGAUUGGAAAACCGAGAAUACUGGAUCUUUUGUAAUAUUUAUGGUAAAUUAACUGUAUAAUGUGUACAUGCCGACAUCUUUAAAACACUAUUUUAUAUCACACGUGCACGGAAAAGUGCCUCUUUUUUGACAGUUUUUCGUGCUCAAAAUAGACAUUUGCCGACACAAUACAGUUUGCACGCAACAUGGCGUCAACUGUGCGGAAAAAGCCGUACGGUAAAAUUAUUACCGCACACUUUAGCGCUGUUUUUGUUUUUAUCUCCCAGCACAAUUGCCGAUCUCUCUUCCACACGCCGUCUUCGACAGAUGACAGGUUAGCCUCAAAGUUUUUACACGUAACUGUCAAAAAAGUGGUACUUUUCCGUGCACUUAUAAUAUAAAGUGAUAUUCGUACAUCUUUGAUUGUAAUUUCUAGUUUCGUUUGAAUUUCUAACUUUUUGAGGACACAAUUGCUGCUCUGAGAAUAAUUCGUAGCUAGAAAUAUAUAAGUAUCCUGCUAUGUUUCCUGUUAUGGUAUGGUACUUUAGUGAAUUGGUAGAAUGUCAUCUUUAAUAAAUAUACAUCUUUCUUAUAUCACGAUCCAUGUAAAGGUAAUAUAUGUAAGACAAUAUAUAA